AUGUCCUUUCUACGGACGUUUCGUUCAAACCUGAUCCUCAGUACCGCCCCACCCGGGAACGAUCGUACGAUGCGAAACGGUUCGUCCAACGUGAAGGCAGCGACGGCGGCGGGCACGACAAAAACGACGUCUUCCAGCGGGACGCGCAAACAUUCAACAAGUGGUCGAGGUACGAUGGAAGAUGCCGGCGAUGGCUCGGAUCGUGCCCACAGUGGGAGGCGGGCGAGUUCAGCCACACUGCAGGGUCGCAACGGUGCUAAACACAGCUCGUCCUCGUCCGGCAGUGGACGAUAUGGUAAAGAAAAUCCGGCCCCGAUCGUGGUGUAUCUGGAUAAACAGCAACAUCAGCAUCAUGACGAGAGGAAACAGCCGGCAAGCAUCCUGCGUACGAAUACGUUCACGAAGCACGACGACGAGCAGGAGCAGAGGAGUCGGAAUGCGAUCACCAGAAGUGACACGUUUACCAUUAACGAGUCCAGCGAUGAGACGUUGGUGGACAGUAAUACCUAUUCCCGACAUGGAACAUCAGCAGUGCCUGUUACUAGGGAUGUGUUUGAACCUUUGUACGCAAAAAACAUUGAGCUGAGCUCGCAUGAGCGACUUCCGGUGGUGGUGGACUCUCGUACCUAUCGCAAGAAAUCCCUCAAGUCGUCCAAACCCGUCCAGAAGGUCGAAAGCUUCAUCAAACGCUUCGAGCGAACGCUGUUCAGCAAAUCGAACUCCGGUGGUGACGCACCGAAAGGGCGCAAGAACUCCAGUGCCACCUCGGAGGUUGGCGGAACCGGUGGACCACGGUUUCGCGACGUCGGCAUCAACUGCAAGUUGGACGAAGAGGAGAAGUUUCGGGCGAAGCUGGAAGCGAUGCGGAGAUCACGGCAAGACUCGCGCGACUCACUCGUAAGCCAACGUGACGAUCGCCGCCGUAGUCAGUCGCCCACGAAGCGAUUGUUGGAGCGUGGUUCCACCUACGAUCGCCUAUCGGCCUCGUCGCACUCGAACGGAGUCGUCGUGUUGCCGCUGAAGGAAGAUCAGGGAAGUGCCAGUCCAUCGCCACCGCCCGAGGGGGGUAUGGGAACGCGCGGUUCUACCCUAUUACGUCAGACUGAGAGCAGCUUCCUGAAGAGUCGCCAGAAGGAGAUUGAGAUGGGCUACAGUGUGGUGAACAAACGGCAGUCGGGUUCACUGUCAUUGCCCGGGGGAUCUCCGGAACGGGGCAAGGUGAACAGUGGAACCUGGCGUACAUCCCGAGCCGUAGGGUACACGGACGAUGAAGUACAGCCAAGAGAUCGACAGUACACCACCGCUCGGGGCAGUGCAUCGCGUGAGGAUUACCCCGGUGACCGUGAGGAUCAGAACUCACUGUACGUACGUUAUCCCUUUCGAACGGACACGUAUCGCACGCUGAAAGAAGAGUACGAUGAAAAGCAACAUCAACGUCAGCACACGUCCAGACCGACUAAGCCAAUAGGAAUAGCCAGUCCGCGGAUGAAUGAAGCACGCCCGGGAGACAGAAGCCCGGAACCGAUGUCAAGGAAGGAUUCGCUACCGACUGAUCUGCCGAAGUACACGUUUGGUACGGAACAGUUGCAACAGCGUCGAAGUCGGUUUCAACAGUUCCAAAAGUCGUUCCAGAAGAUGGACGAUAGCGCGUCGGAAGUAUCCGUUCAGCAGAGCUUCUUUGUGCCCAUCUAAGAAAAUGGUUUGCGCCUAGUGGGACGCACGAGCGAGCCGU